AUGUGCCAGACCGAGACCUUCAAAUCGCACACCUGCCCUCACCAAUGGAUGACCAUCGUCAAGCCCUGCGGCCCUGAGGCGUCUUUCAAGAAUCAAUACCACACAUACGAGCCAGUGCGCAAGGGACUCAAGGGACUUGUCCAGCCGGGGCCCAUCUCGGCUCCUGCAAAUUCGUGUCCCAACUGCGACAAGAAGGGUGAUUACGAUGCCAACAUGACGAGAAUCAUCAUCCUGAAACCGUGGGAAGCCGGCAACAUGGGCAACGGGUAUAACAUGACUGAUGGGAGGGGGAAUGUGUUGCACACGAGGUAUGCUUAUGGAGGAUAUGGGCCACCGGGUGCGAGGUAUACGGCGUGUGGUGUCACGGGGGCGAGUGUGCCGCGGCGACAGCCACAGCCACAGCAACCAUGGGGACAGGAUGGAUGUUGCAGGGUGAUGUGA